CAUUGGAAUAUACCAAAAUCAAUUAAUUGUAGUUAUAAAGCUCUUGAAUCCAAACUUCCUCUUUGGGGGGUUUUUUUCAAAAGAUUUAAAAAAUGAGUUCUUGUGUUUUUGUCACACCAAAGUCUCUCACAUUCAUUGGAGAAUGCAAAGGGAAUGUUUUUCCAAAAAGAUUCAAAACUAUAAGGAAUGGAGGAGGGAUAAUUGCAGCACCCAGAAGCAGUGAAACGUUAAAGUUACAAACUUUAUCAAAACAAGGAAUUCCUUUGGAUCAUUUGAAGGUUGAAGAGAUUGUGGAGAGGCAAUCUGAAGGCAACCAUUUUUUAAGAGAAGAAUGGUGUAAGAAGAAGAUGAAAUUUCAGCCUUCAUUUCUUGAAGAAGCUUAUGAGAGUUGCAGGAAAAUCUGUGCAGAAUAUGCUAAGACUUUCUAUUUGGGAACUUUGCUGAUGACAAAGGAACGACAGAGAGCAAUUUGGGCAAUAUAUGUUUGGUGUAGGAGAACAGAUGAACUUGUGGAUGGCCCCAAUGCUGUGUAUAUGAAUCCAAAAGUUCUUGAUCGAUGGGAAGAACGAUUGGAGGACAUUUUUGAAGGCCGCCCCUAUGACUUAUUGGAUGCUGCUUUAAGUCACACAGUGUCCAAAUUUCCCAUAGACAUGAAGCCUUUCAGGGACAUGAUUGAAGGCAUGAGAAUGGACACUAAAAAGUGUCGAUAUGAGAAUUUUGAAGAGCUAUACUUGUAUUGUUAUUAUGUGGCUGGAACUGUGGGACUAAUGAGUGUCCCUGUUAUGGGAAUUGCACCUGAUUCUUCACUUUCUACUCAUACGAUUUACAGUGCUGCUCUCCAUUUGGGAAUUGGGAAUCAACUUACCAAUAUUCUAAGAGAUGUGGGAGAGGAUGCAACGAGAGGCAGGGUAUAUCUUCCACAAGACGAGCUUGCACAGUUUGGGUUAUGCGACGCCGAUAUAUUGAGAAUGAGAGUGAGUGACAAGUGGAGAGAAUUCAUGAAAGAACAGAUAAAAAGGGCAAGGUUCUAUUUCAAACUAGCAGAAGAGGGAGCUUCUCAGCUUGACAAGGCCAGCCGUUGGCCAGUUUGGUCAUCAUUGAUGUUGUACAGAAAAAUAUUGGAAGCAAUUGAGGAAAAUGAUUACAACAAUUUCACAAAGCGAGCAUACGUAGGGAGGUCCAAGAAACUUCUUGCACUGCCUCUUGCUUACACCAAAUCUAUUUCACCUCCCACUCUAGUCUUCAAUUGACUACACAAACCAACAACUUAAGAUUGUGUUGCCAUUAGAAACGAUUCGGUUGACAAAAUGAAAGACAAUCCAAAGAUAUUGUAAAACAUAUUUUCAAAUGGUUUAUUAUGAGGAAAUAUAUUGCUAAAGAUAUCUUCAAA